CACAAAGAUGGCUACUUCUAUGUGGGCUACUUCAUCAGCACACAAAGACUAGACGGUCGAUGUCAGUCAGUACACUGUUAUUAAAUAAUGCAACAAUAUUGUGCUUUUUGCAAAUUGUUUAAUUUUUAAAUAAAAAUAUAUCGCUUCGCACAACUCCUGCUAUACCAUAUAAUUAUAAGUUGAAGGACGACACUUGUAUCUAACUUACUUAUAUUUCAGUGCCAGUAAACAAAUGAAUGCAGAGUGAUUGGCCUCCUCAUUCAUUCAUCAUGGGCAAUCCCUUAAGCCACAUUUUAGUUUUAGUGCCUAGUUUCUAUAAACUCAUCUAAGUCUAUCUGACCUAUUUAAUAGUAGGCCUAAAACGUAACAUAUAGUUAAAUAUUAGUAUCAAACAAAUUGAAUCAUCUACUAAUUGUAUUGGCCAGUCAGUUUUUCUCUUUUUUUGUGUUCUUGUGGCCCACUUCAACACUUACUUAUUUUCAAUGGUAUCAUUGAUUAUUACUGAAAUUUGGUUUGUAUUGUCAGGAAUAUCCAGUUUUAUUAAAAAAGGGGAUAAAGUUACUAAUAGUAUAGCCUGUGCUUUGUGAAGUUUAUGAAGCCUAAAGCAAACUUUUCAAUUCAAGUUUUCUUAAAACAUUAAUAUUAUUAUUAUUAUUAUAUUUUUAUAUUAAUAUUAAGUAAUUAAUAAUGAAUUAUAAUGUAUAGAAUAUAGAAACCAAUUGAAACAAGAAUAAGAUCCAAAAAUAAAGUGUCCGUACCCUAAAAAUUUUAGUUAACAAGAAAAGCACCAUACUUCUCUUGACUUUAAUUAAUAAUAUUAAUUAUCAGUUAAUUUGAAUUUUUCAGCAAUUUUUAAAAGAGGAAAAUACUAAUACCAUAAAUGUUAAAAAUACUUAAGUAAGUUUAAAAAUAAUCAGGCCCCCGGAAAAAAGCCUGGGAAACCCAGCUCUAGAUUAUAUUACUUGAAUUACAAUAAAAGCAUGCACGCAAUGAACCUAACAUACUAUAUAUAUAUAUAUAUAUAUAUAUAUAUAUAUAUAUUACAUUAGGAAAUGACGUCAGUAGGCUGAGUAGGCCCGUCAAGCUAAAAGCUCUUUAUGCCCUCCCCAAUCCACCCCUCUAAGCCCAAACAUCGGGCAACGAAGCAGAUAUAUAUAUAUAUAUAUAUAUAUAUAUAUAUAUAUAUAUAUUACAUUAGGAAAUGACGUCAGUGGGCUGAGUAGGCCCGUCAAGCUAAAAGCUCUUUAUGCCCUCCCCAAUCCACCCCUCUAAGCCCAAACAUCGGGCAACGAAGCAGCACAUUGGAGAUCUCCCUUUGCCCCUACCCACAUCUGCUCAAUCGGGUUCUACCAAUGGGGGCCGCCCUACCACAAGGACAUCCGAUAAGCAGGAAACUGCUUGCACAGUGCCAGCGACCGACUUCCCAGGAGUCAGGAUGGUAUAUUUAUGUCCUAAAAUUUUCCCCAUGCAGGGAAGCAUCAGACGCCCUCUAAUAAGGAUUUCUACAGUAGGUUUCUAAUUUACAAAGCAUGAAAUGGUUACCUAGGAACAGCUUCCUCAAUGAUGUGUAAAUGGAACCGUUGGCUUAGGGUUGCCACAACCCACACCUUGCCUCAUAUCCAAUGGCAACUUUCCUACCCUGGUUCUGCCUUUAUGUCCAGCUGCAGAUUUUCCACAGUUGACAGCCUAUAGACUAGAUGCUACAAUUUAUGGCAGAUAACAUGCAUGACCUUGUCUGCCCAUGCAGUCACAUCCAAAAUACCUAACAUACUUAUUUUAUUAUUAUUAUUGCAUGUAUUUACAUUUUUCAAGAAUGAAGACAUAUUUGUUUUGUUUUUUUAAAACUUCUCUUAUUCUUCUUUUCAGAAAAAAAUGUUUUUUUAGAGAAGGUUUCAUCCAAAUUCCAACAUGUCACUUGUCUCUAAACCAGGACUUUUAAAUGGAGGUCUGCAUGGCCAACAGCUGAUCCCUUCCUCAGCAGGAGAUACACAUUGUUUAGGAAGUACAGCAAAUUCUGAUUUCCCGUCCAAAAUCAAUACAGAGAAGAUUGAGCUUGCAAGUAGUGAAUUUCAUAAUUCUACAGACAAUGGUGACUUGGGUCAACUCAGUGUACAUGAGGGUAUUGUCGAGGGAGAAAAUACAGGAGAAGAGUCCCCUGUUAUUGAUAUUAUCAUAAACAAUGUUGUGUGCACUUUCAGUACACGUUGCUACCUCAAUCUUAGAGCUAUAGCCUUAAAAGGAACAAAUGUAGAAUACAAGCGUGAAAACGGGGUAAGCUUAAUAAUUGCUAUUAAAACCCAUUGUUAUUUCAUUGAUGUUGAGAUAAUAUAUUUUAUGACAUAUAAUAAUAUUGUUUUAUUCAAUACUAAUUAAAAAAAUUCUGAGUAUCAUACAAAAUUAUAGAAAUGAGCCAUUAUAAGCAUAAUCAUAAUAUGUUUGUUUCUAUUUUAAGCAACAUUAUUAAAUUUUUUAUUCUUAAUUAAAACACAAGUCAAUUUUUAAAAAAAAAACAACAGAUGUUAAAUAUGAAACUAAGACGACCACAUACAACGGCAACGAUUUGGUCUUCUGGAAAAAUAACUUGUACAGGAUCGACAAGGUAAUUAAUUUGAUUAGCUCUAUCAGUACCACUUAUUAUUGAAACUCUUAAUUAAAUUUAUAAAAAAUUGUUUCUGAAUGUUUUAUGUCAGCAUUUCCAAAAACGGAGUCGCUAUUCGGCAUCAGGCCACUAAAGCCAGAUACCGAGUUUCAAGUCUGUGAAAAUGCACACAUAUCAGACAAUGUCAUUUUAAUGUGUUUUGUAGACAGAAUUAUGACAAUACAACUCACAAAGAAUUUCUCCUCCAUAUACCUCGGAGAAUAACAAAAGCAUACAAAAUUUUGAUUGAUAAUGACAUCUCUCAAAAUAGGAACACAUGUACGGAAGUGAGUUGGAAUGGGGCUUGUGCAUUGGCUAAAACUUGAAAUGGCCUCAGUGAGAAUGAAGGCUGUAGCAUGACUACAGUGUGUAUUUGUGCAUUGUAGCACUCGAAGGGAAUCUUUGACCAUUAAAUAAUGAGAUUCUCUUUAGCUGAUACUAACCAAGAGUUAAAAAAAUGUAUAAACGCUAUAAAAUCUUAUUGACUGAAUUAAGAACAUCAAGUUUACAAAGCACUCAAAGACAUCUUAGAAAGAGCAUUGUCAUUAAGAGUAACCAGUUUUAGUAGAAAGGGCAAUAACAUUUCUAAAAACUUGAUUAUGACCUAUGUGAAGCAGUCUUUUCAACACAGGCUUGACUAAAAUAAAAAAAGAAACUUUUGGAAUUAAAAUAGAAUAUGUAGAAUUAAGUUAAGUUAUAAGAAAUAUGGCAACUUAAUUUUCAUCUUUCUCAUAACCUAAAAAUAAAAAUAACAGGGCCACAGAAAAUAAAUUCUAAAAUAUAGAUAAUUUUAAUUUUAUUAAAUGUGUACCAAUAUUCUUGUUGAGGUGAAAACAUUUUUUUAAUGACAUGGGCAUGGGUGAUGCCAUGAUAACAAUUUAUGUUUUGCUUUAAAGACUACGAAUGCUAUAGCUUGAUAUGACGUUCAUUUACUUAUUAGAUUUUUAUGGUUCUCUUUGUCUAAAACUGUGCUAGGAUAUGUCACUUAGGUUCUCCUGUUUAACACAGGCUUAGAUUAUACACCAAGAUUCAUAUGAACAUAAUUUUUUGGUCGAUUCGCUUAAUAAUGUGCUUUGAAUGCAAAUUAUUAAAUGUAACGAUGCAAAAACUUUAGAUUGAAAUGAUUUGCUUAGGGAUAUGGUUGUAAUUUUAAUUAAGAAAUAAAACUAUUGUACAGGUAUCGACAUUUAUUUGUUGUUUCAUUAAGUGAAAUAAAUUUAAUAAUGCUGUUCAAUGUCCUUUUUUUCCAGUGAAGAGGAAGCAAAAUUAGCUGCAAGACGUAUUGCCCGCCGCCUACAGAAGUUGGGUUUCAACAUUCGUUUCUCAAGCUACAGAGUGGUGAAUGUUUUGGGCACCUGUAGUUUACCAUUUGGCAUUAAGCUUAAUCAAUUUUCUGAAGCUAACCGGGCUAAUGCUAGGUAAGGGAUUAAUUGUUCAAUUAAUAUGCAUGUAGUAGAUAAGACAUUUUGGGGCAUUGGGGCUAAGAAUGCAGGUUAAAGUGGGUGGCAUAGUAACACAUUUGUUCAUACCUUUUUUUUGCCCACACGACUGAUAUUAAUUUAUUUUGAGUGUAUUUAUUUGAAAUACCGUUCUGAUAUGAAAUUCAUGUUGAUAAAGUGUUUUGCUGUUUAUAAUUAUUUGUUUCACAAAAUAUAGUGUACAAUUUUACUAGUGCGAAGAUAAUGUGCAGGGUCAUGUACUUUGUAAAUAUUUUAAAGUAAAUUGCAUGAGAAAUUGAUGUACAUACUACUAACAUUUAUAUUAAAUACAGACUUCACAACUUAAUGGAAAAAACAUAAUGAAAAGUUAUUGAGUUAAAUCAUUCCAUAAAAUAUAUUAUAUUCAUUAUUGGGGAAUACAUUUUUUUUUUCAAUAUAACUUUUUGUUGUUGUAAAUUAUUCUUUAUUAUAAUUAAAAUUAUUAUUAAAGAAAAAUGAUUCAGUUUUCUUUCCUUUGAAUACAAAUUUUUCAUGCUUGAAAUUUCUUCACAGCUAUGAGCCUGAGCUGCAUCCUGGAGUUACAUAUCGAAUUAAAGAACCCAAGGCCACUUUGAAAAUAUUUUCAACUGGCAGUAUUACAGUAACAGGUAAAAAAUUUCUUUGUAUUUUGUUAGCCUAUACAAAAAUCAUUGGCAUCAAUACCAUAUCCAUAGUUUGACUGGAUAAGAAAGUGAUUUUUAAAAAAUUCUGUUGUUUUUGUUUUAAUAAACAUUCUGAACAUCUUUAAAAUAAAAAAUAAUGUCUACAAAAAGAAUGGGACCUUGCAAAAUAAAAUUCUUUUACUUAUCAAACAAUAUGACCUUAACAUUCGUCCAUAAAUGUGGAAGUUGGUAUAAUUUUUAAAUGUCUAUAAAUUAUUUUAUAAACGUUUUUUUAACAUCAAUUUAUAUGGGAAAAGCUGUUCGUUUUCUAAAACGUUUUUAACUUUUUUAAAUGCAAUUUUAUUUUAGCGCCCUGUGUAUUAAAUGUUCAACUUGCCAUAGAACACAUCUAUCCCCUAGUGAACAUGUUUAAAAUGGAACCGAGAAAGAUAGAUAAAAAGGUUAGUAGUUCUGAUUUUUCUGUUUAUAAGUACCUUCUUAAUCAAUUAUUAAUAUAGGAGUUACAAAAGUGUAAAAAGAUACAGACUAUGGAAUAUUUAUCAUUAGGGAUUUGUUAUAAUGUUAAUAUUUUAUUUUAAAGAAUGAAUUUUAUUAAUAUUUAUGUUCUACAAUACUUUUGAUGAUAAUUGGCAUAUCAAAGUAAUUUAGAUUAGCUGGAUUACAGUAGUGAUCAUAAGUUUUUUUAAAACUUGUUCAGAUCAUACAGCUAUUUGCUAUGUUUCUAUAUUUACUUAAAGAUUAAUUACAAAACAAGAGCGUUUAAAAAAAUCUCUACCAUUGCAUUUAUUUAGGUGUGAUGAAUCCUCUCUGAAAUGUAAUUUUUUUUUUUUUAAAUUCUUUAAAUCUUCAGAUAAUUUUGGCAGAACGUAAAUAUCUUAAAAAGACAGGAACUACUGUAGCCCACCCACUUUUGCAAAUACCUGAUGACAUUGAUGAAGAAGAAUUCAGUGAUGAAAUGGAUGAUGAAGAUUUCUCAGAUGAAUGUGACAGUGAUGUAAGCCAAGAUUAAUAAAGAAAGAUCUUGGUGUAUAAAUGGUUUGCAUGGUUUUUUUAAUGUAGGUAAUUGUAAACCUGUCAGAAUUCUCCACCUAUCUUGUCAAACCACUGAUGUUCUGAAUUUGUUUCUUGUUAGUUGAAUUGGUUCUUAGUUUGGUGCAAGGAACAGUGGUUUGCAUUAUAAAAGUUGUGUUGAAGUUUAAAUGUAUUUUAAUUUCUUUGAAACAGUUCUCUUCACCCGUCUUAAUGAUUAAUCUGUUACGGAGAAUGAUUGUCUGUUGGUUUUUUUCAUACUGGUAUCUCAUCUUAAUUGUCAAUAUUUUUUUAUGCCAAUGUACAUAAACAUUUCAGUGAAUCCAUUACGUUAUGAAGUUACAAUACCGGUAUAUUUCUAAGAUGGUUCUCUGUAUAACUAAACAAAAAGUUGGACAAAUCAUAUUUUUAAACAGUUUCUUUAUUUGUUAAAAAAUCCUUCUGUGUACUGCAUCCUAGAUAUUCAUCUCAAACUAGCUUUAACAGGCAAAUAAAGUGCUGAAAUAUGAUUUCUCCUGUUUAAGUGAUUAUUAAUUAAAGUCAUGAGUAACUUUUUUUUUUCAACUUGUUUGAUUAUAUUUAUAAGAUAAACUCUGUAAAAUUUCAUAAAACCAUACAACAUGAUAGUAUAUCAGUGAUAUCUUUGGGUAAAAAAAAUUUAUUAAAUACUAAUGGUAGCCCACUUCUUAACCUGUAGAAUUUUUUUUAAGGUCUGAAACAUGCUGUAAUAACAUGUUUUGUUGUAGACAUUUCCAUUAUCUAUUUGCUGCUGUCUGUUUCAAGUGAUUUUUUUUUCCAUUUACAUUUUGCAUGUAAUAAAUCUGUUGUGAAGUAGACUAGUCUGUAUCUAUAAUUGUAGAUAGUUUGAAGCUACUUUUUAAAACUUUUAUACUUUUUUGUAUUAAUUAACUGUGGGUUCAAGCACAAUAAAUAGUGUCAAUAUAUUGCAAAAUUAUUUCAUUUUUAAUCUAUUAAUAUAGAGAGGAGAAAAAAUGUUUAAAAACUUACUUCAAACUAAUGGCCUUAUAAUAAUGGUUAUAAUAGUGGUGUAUCUUAGAAACAUCUCACUUUAUAUCUUAUGUUUGGGUUGGUAAAAACUUAUUUUAUAAAAACUAUCUUCAAAAUUCCUCUUAAAACUAUUAAAUUGCAAAAAGACUCAUAAUUUAAGUUCCAUUAACAAUAUUACAAAGAGGCAGAAGAUUUUUCCAUUAUGUACUGUUCACCACAGCUUAAGUUAUUUAAAAAGUGCAGUAAAUAUUAAUUUUUUUAUCUGUUUAUAUGUUCUAAAAAAUUUAAUAGAACAAUUAUUUUGCACUUGCACUUACCAAAAGUUUAUUAUGGGCAUUUUAAAAAAUGUUAUACCGGUAUUCAUUUUGUUGAUUUUUGAGCUCUUCCAUUAAAGUGUUAUAAACUGCACUGGAUAUUUUUACUUAUUUUCCAUACUUUUUCUCUCACUGAAGAAAUAAUUGCAUUUUCUGUUAAGUGCUCAAAGCCCAUCAGGAAAAUGGCUCCAGAAAAAGUAUAUGAAUUUUAGAACUCUUAUUUGCUCAUUGCUGUUUACUUGUUUUGUUUGAGAAAUCUGAAAGCUGCUGUAUAAUUGAAGUAUUAAUUCUACUACCAGAUAAAAUCAUGUACUGAAACAUUCUUGUAUGUUUGUAGUUGCUAUUUGUGGAUAAUACUAAUUAACAUAAAGACAGUACAUUAUUUAUUUGUCAGUUAUGAUGAAUUACAAAAGCUUAUAGAUAGAAUUUUAAAUAUUUGUAAUUGGUAUCAUAUUUUAACUAAGUUUUGUUUUUAAAUUGACAGAAUUAUUUCAUUUUCAAUAUUAAAAACUGGGGCAAUACAGUUUUGUAUCAAUACUUUAAAUGUUUAUUCUUUGCCAUCAGUACCCUAAACAAUUAUUAGCAGCCAGCAGUCUAUGUGAAUAGGAAAAAAUGUGAAUUAAUGCCAAUUUAUUAUGUGUGUAACUGGAAUCAUUCUGUAAUUAUGUAUUUUGUGUUCUAAUUAAAAUAAAAUGCUCUUUUAUAUUUAAAUGUGUGUUGAUUUUAUAUUGAAAGGCAGAACUAUAGAAGACCGAGUAAAAAAGAAUGUAAGGUAUUUUAACUACUGACUUCUGUUGGUUUCCUGACAUUAGGUAGCAUGAUAAAUGUUUCACACUUUAAAAGCAAAAUAAUAAGGGAAAAAAACAACAAAAUCCU